UGAGUGUAUGAUGGUGUGUGUGUGGGGCGCGCGGGCGAGCUGCUCGAGCCCUCAGUGCGGCCGCCAUGGACGUGUUCAGCUUCGCGAGGAUGAGCAGACUGACCGGCCACAGGACCAAAACCUCCGGGUGUCCCUCGUCCUCCGGGGGCUGGACCUCCUCCCAGGGACCCCUGAACGGCUGGGACAUGGCGUCCAGUAGAGACGGCCGCGAAUGCUUCAUCGAUCACGUCUCUCAGACCAGCUCACUGGAGGAGGUGCGUCUGGGUCUGGACGGGGAUAGGUUAGUGCCCCCAGCGCCCCGGAAGGUUGAGAUGAGACGAGAUCCGGUGUUGGGCUUCGGCUUCGUGGCAGGAAGUGAGAAACCGGUGGUGGUCCGCUCCGUCACCCCAGGGGGUCCUUCUGAGGGCAAACUCAUUCCCGGAGACGAGAUAGUCAUGAUAAACGACGAGGCUGUCAGUUCUGCUCCCAGAGAGCGAGUCAUCGACCUGGUCAGGAGCUGUAAGGAGGCCAUUGUUCUGACGGUUGUUCAGCCGUAUCCUUCACCCAAGUCUGCCUUCAUCAGCGCUGCCAAAAAGGCCAAGCUGAAGUCCAACCCGGUCAAAGUGCGUUUCGCCGAGGAGGUCAUUAUUAACGGUCAAGUACCUGAAACCGUGAAGGACAACUCGCUUCUCUUCAUGCCAAACGUUCUGAAGGUGUACCUUGAAAACGGACAGACGAAAUCCUUCAAGUUCGACUGCAACACCUCAAUCAAGGACGUCCUCCUGACCCUGCAAGAGAAGCUCUCCAUUAAAAGCAUCGAGCACUUUUCUCUGAUGCUGGAGCAGAAGACGGAAGGUUCCAGCACCAAGCUGAUGCUGCUGCACGAGCAGGAGAUGCUAACUCAGGUCACGCAGAGGCCGGGGUCACACAAGAUGAAGUGUUAUUUCCGCAUCGCGUUCGUGCCGAAGGAUCCGGUGGACCUGCUGAGGCGUGACCCGGUGGCGUUCGAGUACCUUUAUGUACAGAGCUGUAAGGAUGUGGUUCAGGAGCGGUUCGGCUCGGAGCUGAAGUACGAUACGGCUCUGCGGUUGGCGGCGCUGCAGAUGUACAUUCUGACCCUCAGCACCAAAAACACACAGAAGGUCUCCCUCAAAUACAUCGAGAAAGAAUGGGGUUUGGCUCUCUUCCUUCCUCCAGCAGUGCUUUCCAGCAUGAAGGAGAAAAACAUCAAGAAGGCCAUCACACACAUCCUGAAAACCAACCAGAACCUGGUGCCACCUGGUAAAAAGCUGACGGCUCUGCAGGCGAAGGUUCACUACCUGAAGUAUCUCUGUGACCUCAGGCUGUACGGAGGGAGAGUCUUUAAGUCCACUCUGCUCCAAGGUGAAAAACACACGGAGGUGACCCUGCUGGUGGGGCCGCGGCACGGCAUCAGCCACGUCAUCAACACCAAAACCAACCUGGUGGCCCUGCUGGCGGACUUCAGCCACGUCAACCGCAUCGAGAUGUACACGGAGGACGAGAGGAACGUCAGGGUGGAGUUACACGUGCUGGACGUGAAGCCCAUCACACUUAUAAUGGAGUCCAGUGAUGCCAUGAACCUGGCGUGUCUGACCGCUGGCUACUACAGGCUGCUGGUGGACUCACGGCGCUCCAUCUUUAACAUGGCCAACAACAACACAGGGGGCCAUGACUCCCGUGAAAAGCACAACUACCAGGCGAUUGAGUGGAACUACGGGUCGUGUAGCGGCUGCGAGGACCACAGCAGGGACCUGUCAGAGCCGGACUCGGAAUACAGCGUCUGUGGGAGGCGAGACGGUAAUGUCGCCCCAAUCUACAUCACCGAGCUCCACCAAUCACAGCGGGCGAUCAGGGGAAGCCAUGCCCACACCCACGGGCACCCUCAGCCCUUUUUUAGCACCGCCAGACCCAAGCCCCAAGAGUCUCCCCGGAGCGCAAAGGUGUCCUUUAUAUUCGGGGACCCUUUGCUGGACAGUGUGAACCCGCAGAACUUGGGCUACCAGAGGCUGAUGGAGGACAUCCCAGAGGUUCUGGACGAGCACAGGUCCGUGUAUGGGCAGCAGGAGGACUAUAAGCCCUUGGAUCCGUCGAUGGACAUGGUGGACGGCUUCCAGUAUGGCGCCCACAUGGUCUACGGCGACGCUAAAAUCUUUGGCACCACCGAGGGCAUUGAGGAGCCACUGCUGCACGACAUCUGCUAUGCCGAAACAACGGACGAUGCUGAGGACGAAGAUGAUGUCAGCUGUGAAGAGGACAUGACGAUGAUGGGGGAAUUGAGGGACAAAGCAUCCUCGCUGCUUUCCCUUUCUGAAUCCAGCGACGAUAUCAUUGAUUUGACCUCCCUCCCACCGCCACCAGAGGGCAACGACGAGGAAGACAACGACGUCCUCCUGCAGUCGCUAAACCUGGCCAUAGCUGCCCCGCCGCCGGGGUUCAGGGACAGCUCGGAUGAAGAUGAGCACCAGGGGACACAAGCGGGGGACAGGAAGAACCAGAGCGACAUCCCGGUGUCUCUGAUCGAUGCUGUGCCGAUGCAGGUCAGCAGGGGGACGGAAGAAGUUCUGGAUGACGCCGUGGUCUCCACCCUGCAGGCACUGGAGGCCUUGGCGGCAUCCGAAGACCAGUCGCACCCACAAUCGGACAAUAGUUCAGGUGUAGAAAUAUCUCGGUCCUUUAGCCCCGAGUCCGCUUCAGAUUCUGGAAAUGAGACAAAUUCCUCUGAAAUGACGGAGAGCUCCGAGCUGGCGACAGCUCAGAAACUCUCCGAAAACCCUCUGAAAAUGUUUGUAGCUACAGCUGAAGGGUAUCAAACGCUGUCCGAAGAGAAGACCGAGUUUCGGUUAACCGCUUGUGACGCAAGGGCCAUAUCCAGAAGCAAGGAGGAUGAGCAUCAGUCCACCGGCAUUCCUCCUUCUCAGACCCUCCGCUCGGACCACCUGGAGAUGGAACCGGAAACCAUGGAGACCAAAUCACUGACUGAGUACUUCAACAAAAUGCACAUGGAUGCUGUGAUGGGCAAGCGGCAAGGGAAGGUUGAUGACGGGACCUGUGGGGUUGGCGAAAACGAACCUCGCCAUAUGAAGACCGCAGAGGACAUUGUUGGGAGGUUCAACAACUUCAACGCGUUUCCGUUUCAGGAUUCCAGACAACAGAUUCUAGACAACAAACCGAAGGACCACAUUUACUCAGAGUUGAUCGGCGACGGCAGCAUGUCUUGUGCAAACCUGACACCCAAAAAGAGCAACAAAAUAGAGUCUGGUGACUCGAGCACGAUAAACCCGGGUAAACCCAGAGCACCCGGGAUGGACCCGAAUGCUCGCUCUCCUGCUGAAGAAGCAUAUUUAAUUGAGCAAGCCGCCAACGAGCAGCAGCAAAUGAAGGCUUCCCCGGCUGAGAAGGAGGUGACGCGGUUGUACGAGUACCACUUGACGAAGAGGAUGUCUUCGCUCCAGAGUGAAGGUAUUCACUCUUUGCAGAGUUCCCAGUGCUCUUCCAUCGACGCCGGCUGCAGCACCGGAAGCAGCAGCUGCGUGACGCCCAUGGACUCGCCACUCUGCACCGCGGAGAACGUCCACUUGCUCUCCGAGUCCUCUCUGAAGGGUCUCGGCUUCCCAAGCACAGACGAGAAAGUCUACAGCCAAAGCCCACACAGCAAACUCAUCCAUCAGAAUGUAGAUCCUACAUUUUUACGGAAGCACCACACUCCACCUGCUGCAGAGCCACCGAGCGGUGCAGGACGGGAGGGCUGCCAAAGGAUGCCCAAGAUUAGAGAAACUACAGUGUAGCACGUUGAAGACGAAGGUGAAGCUUGUGUUUUGCACUCAGUACAUCUGCACCGAUCCUAACCAUUCAUGCAUAGCACAGAGUUUUAGGUGCCAAACCAGAGGUCUCUGGAGGUUCUGACGUUCUUCUUGUGAGCUUCCCCUGAUACUUCCCCGUCACAGGACCCCCACUCUGGUUGCCUCAAGAUGGAAUUUCCAUUGAAAAAAUCAUUUAUUGGCUCAGGGAGCUUUGAAC